GCUCCUCCAUCUCAACUUGGUUCCUCCUCUCCCUCACUUCAGGGGUGAAGAGGAGGAGAGCAGUUGAGUCCGGACAGGCGGAUAGGCUGCACUCAGACAGACCCCCCUCUUAGGGCACAUAUUGAGGAAAGAAAAAAAAACUUUUGGAAGUGCUGACUGACAAGCUAUCCAUGUCUGUGUUCUUAGGUGGGAAUGAAUCUGCCUCCACUUGAAGUUGUUUGCUCCAGAACCGGUUUUGAGGAGGCGGUGAGGCGGUGAGGCGCGGCGGCGGAUGGGAUCACACAGCAAGAGCAGGAGCAGCAGCAGCAGCAGCGCCAAACUCACAAUGCGCCCCGAGUGAACAGAGGCAGGGAGACAAUACCGAUCCACGGGUACACUGAGGAGCUGCAAUCUCUCAUCUGGGCUCCCUCUCUUUUACUCUUCAAAAUCCUGCUCCAUUGUGGCAUUUCCUCUUUCUGCGGCUGCUUUUUGAUUGAUCGAGACAAAACUGACUUCGCAACGAGGGCAAGUGAUUUGAUCCCCAAACUCAGCCAUGACGUCUCCAGCGAAAUUCCGAAAGGACAAGGAGAUAGUGGCCGAAUAUGAGACCCAAGUUAAAGAGAUCCGCGCCCAGCUGGUGGAGCAGCUCAAGUGUCUGGACCAGCAGUGCGAGCUGAGGGUGCAGCUGCUGCAGGACCUGCAGGACUUCUUCAGAAAGAAGGCAGAGAUCGAGGUGGACUACAGCCGCAACCUUGAGAAGCUGGCUGAGAGGUUCCUCACUAAGACGCGCAGCACCAAGGACCACCUACUCAAGAAGGAGCAGAGCAUUUUAUCUCCUGUGAACUGCUGGAACCUGCUGCUGCUGCAGGUGAAGAGGGAGAGCCGCGACCACGCCACUCUGUCCGACCUCUACCUCAACAACAUCAUCCCCCGCUUCGCUCAGAUCAGCGAGGACUCAGGACGCCUCUUCAAGAAGAGCAAAGAGGUCUGUGUACAGCUGCAAGAGGACCUGAUGAAAGUUCUUAAUGAGCUUUACACGGUGAUGAAGACGUACCACAUGUACAACACUGACAGCAUCAACGCUGAGUCCAAGCUGAAGGAGGCGGAGAAGCAGGAGGAGAAGCAGAUGGGACGCUCCGACCGCCAGACGCCGCGCUCCCCCGACACCUUGGCCAGCAUCAAGACGGACGAGAAGCCCGUCCGGCGCUCCAGUGUUAAAAAGAUCGAGAAGAUGAAGGAGAAGAGACAAGCAAAGUACACAGAGAACAGGCUGAAGGCCAUCAAAGCCAGGAACGAGUACCUGCUAGCACUGGAGGCCACCAACGGCUGUGUCUUCAAAUAUUACAUCCACGACCUCUCCGACAUCAUUGAUUGCUGUGAUCUAGGCUACCAUGCCAGCCUGCACCGCGCCCUCAGGACAUACCUGUCUGCAGAACAGAACGUAGAGACGUCCAAACACUCUGGCCUGGAGACACUGGAUGGAGCAGCGGAGAGCCUGGAGCCCAACGGGGACAAACAGAAGCUGAUGGAGACCUACAACAACGUUUUCUGCCCCCCGGCUCGCUUCGACUUCCAGUCCCACAUGGGAGACACGAUGGGAGUGAUGUGUGCCCAGCAGCCGGUGGAAAGCGAGCUAAUCCAGAGGUGUCAGCAGCUGCUGUCCCGCCUUUCCACGCUCAAGAUUGAGAAUGAAGAGGUGAAGAAAACCAUGGAGGCCACUCUGUCCACCAUCCAGGACAUGGUGACGGUGGAGGACUACGAUGUUUCCGAUUGCUUCCACCACAGCAACAGCAUGGAGUCGGUCAAAUCCACUUUCAGCGAAUCAUAUCUCAGUAAGCCCAGCCUCGCCAAACGACGCGCCAAUCAGCAAGAGACGGAGCAGUUCUACUUCACCAAGCUGAAGGAGUUUCUUGAGGGCAGGAACCUUAUCACAAAGCUGGACGCCAAGCACGACCUGAUUGAGAAGACCCUGGGAGAAAGUCAGAAGACUGACUGUUGCCUUGCCAGUGGACGGAGAAACUCUUCAGUACGGAAGCAGGAAUCUGGUGAAGCCAUUCCUCUGAUGGUGGAGAGCUGCAUCCGCUUCAUCAGUCGCCAUGGUCUGCAGCAUGAAGGCAUCUUCAGAGUUUCAGGCUCUCAGGUGGAGGUCAACGACAUCAAGAAUGCCUUCGAGAGAGGUGAGGACCCUCUGGCAGGGGACCAGAAUGACCACGACAUGGACUCCAUUGCUGGCGUUCUGAAGCUUUACUUCAGAGGACUGGACCAAGCCCUCUUCCCUAAGGAAGUCUUCCAUGAUCUCAUAUCCUGCGUCUCGAUGGAGAGUCUACAGGAGAGAGCAGUCCAUGUUAAGAAAGGUCUGCAAUCUCUACCGAACAAAACACUCGUCGUGAUGAGAUACUUGUUUUCCUUCCUCAACCAUCUGUCCCAGUACAGUGAGGACAACAUGAUGGACCCCUACAACCUGGCCAUCUGUUUUGGCCCCACACUGAUGUCUGUCCCCGAGGGCCAUGACCAGGUGUCCUGCCAGGCCCACGUAAACGAGCUCAUUAAAACCAUCAUCAUCCACCAUGACACCAUCUUCCCCGGGCCGCAGGACCUGCAGGGCCCCAUCUACAGCAUCCCUGGAGCAGGGGACGACUUUUGUGACAGUCCACACUGUGAGCCCCCUCUAGUGGAAGAGCCGGCGCCUGACACCGUCUCUGUCCGCCACAACAGUGAAGACGGCUCCUUGGCUGUUUCAGAGUCCGACCCCCUCGAAGCCAUCGCUCGGUUCGACUACUCCGGCAGGAGCCCUCGGGAGCUUUCAUUCAAGAAAGGGGCAUCACUGCUUCUGUUCCAGCGAGCGUCUGAAGACUGGUGGGAGGGGCGUCAUAAUGGAGUGGAUGGACUGGUGCCACACCAGUAUAUAGUGAUCCAAGACAUGCCGGACGGGGGCAGAGGGAGUCCAAAACCUGAUAUGGACAGCAGGGACCUGCUGGAGGAGAGGGUGUCUACUAGAGGCAGUGCUGCCUCUCCCACUGGAGCUCAUGUGGCUGAUAUCUACCUGGCCAACUUGAACAAGUUGAGGAAACGUCCAGAGUCUGGAAGCAUCCGAAGGACGUUCCGGGGCUCAGAGAGUGAGAGCACCAGUCCAGGACCCAGUGGAAGCAGCAGCGGAGGUGGAGGAGGUGGAGGAGGAGGAGGAGUGAGAACGGCUUCUCUUCCUGUUGGAGGGGCCCUGGUCAAAGAAACUGGAGACAAACGGCCUGUCAGUGCUCACAGCAUCCUCAAUUCAGUCACCCGUCACUCCUCCCUGAAGACCAAGGUGGAGAGCCCGCAGCUACGCAAACCAUCAACAGCAGGGCGCUCUAAGAGCUUCAGCAACCACAGACCGCUGGACCCGGAGGUCUUCUCCCAGGUGGAGCACAGCUUCCAGGACACUGAGGCUUCAGUGAGCUCUGGGCUGAGUGAGCUUAGUAAGCUGGAGAGACAGAGCACCUCCAAACACACUCCUGAUGUGGUCCUGGACACACUGGAGCAGCUGAAAGGAGUGAGUGGAGGGGGAGGAGUGUCAGAGCCAUCCAGUCCGCUCCACUCCCGUCUGCUGAGGGACAGCGAGGGGGGUUCAACGCAUGUGCACCCGCUACAACGCAGUGCUUCCUCCGCCAGUGAUGUGCCUUCCUCCUUCCGCCAGUCGAAGAGCCAGCCGCGGAGCCCCCUGCCCUCUGCCACCUCCCCCUCUCUCUCCUCCUCCUCCCUUUCCUCAUCUGUACCUUCCUUUAGAGAGCUGCGACCCCCAGCAACAAGGCCCAAGCCGGUGGUGUUCCCAAAGGGUGGAGGAGGAAGUGGGAGCCCAGCCAUGGGCUCGCCAACCUCUACUGUUCCGCCCACACCUCCUCCUCCACCCCCAGGGCACACACACUCUCUCCCUCACACCCCUCCUCCUCCACCUCCUCCCCAGUCUAAUGACAAAUCCUGCCCUGCUUAGGAUCUCUAACUUCAACCUGAUUCUUGCAAACUCUUUGAUUCUUAUAGCUCUUCUACCAGGUGCAGAAAGCACUUCAUCUGUUUUUAACCCACUACUCAUGUGUAGCAUUCCCUCCCUCUUCUCCGGGCGGGUUUCCUAGACACGCCAUAUUCCCUUGAGACUGUCAACAGUAAUCUCUGCCCUCUCCUGGCAGCUCUGCUUACUACAGGUAAACUAUCAAAGGGUGGAGAUGAGUGAAAACACCCUUCAGAGACUCGUCUUUUUUUUUUGCCACCAUUCCAGGAUUCCCUGGAUUUUCUGAUCUAUCACAAGGGAAAAAAAGCCUGAGAUGGACACUUACAGAAAUACAGCUUACACACACUAGUUUGUGAUGUUUGAAAAUUGUGUUUGAGUGGGCUUGAGAGUGUUACUUGCCUUUACACAUAGAUCUAAGUGAGGAACAAAAAGCACUGUUUGAUUUUGUAUAGUAGACAUGACAAGUUUUGUUUUCUGCCUUUUGUUUUUUUUUUUUUGUUUUUUUUUUAUGACCCAUGACUAGCGGACUGGAAGAAAGGAGCGUUUGAUUCAUGACGAUAGACUGUGAAAUGCUAAGCUCUCACUUUGUGUAAAAAAAAUGUAACUCGCUGACUUGCUGCUUCAGAAGAGGAAGAUGAAUAGAGAUAAAAGGUGGACUUGUGGGUUGAUGAAAGAAAAGAAAACUGGGCCAAAUAUCAGUGUAAGUCAUGUGAUCAAGAGCUUUAUUUUCCCUCUUCUUCCAGUGUUUGAUAUGUUGGUGUGUGUUUUUUUUUAUAUUGCUGUUCAGUACUAGCACCACAAGGGGAGCAUGGCAGGAGAAGUGUUCUCCUACACUUAACAAGGCAUAUGAUAAUUUAAAAAUCCAGACAUAGCAAUAAACGUCAGCAUGAAAGCUGGUAGUUAGAGGCAUUAGGCUGCUUCUCUCCUGCAGCUCUAUUAUGUAUGUAGAGGACCACUGAAACCCAGCAUUUUAAUGUUGGACUGUAAACACACACACACAAACAUUUUCUCCAAAUGUGUGUGUGUGUGGUGGUGUUUUUUGGCAGCUAAACGCCGUUCAGGUUUUCCUUGCAUGCUGGGGCCAUACACAGCAGCUAAUAUGACGAGCUUGCUGGUUUGUAUCAGCGUCUUUAUCUGCAGUACAAGCAACAAAACCAACUUAACCAACAUUACAGCUUGCUCCUUUAAUUAUAUACUUCAGACUUAACAUUAAAAAAAAAGGGGUUUUAUUAUCUAAUGGUGUGUAUGUAUGUUAAAUAAUCAUGAUGAUAACUGGAAGCAAGGAGCUGGGGAUCCUCCAGAGUGUGUUUAGAUAGAAGCACAACCAACCACCUCAUCCGAUGCGUUCUUAAGCAAAGUUUUGCUCUUAUUUUGUAUUAUUUUUCUUGUUGUUAAUGAGUACUCAGCUUCAGUAAUGGUUAAAUGUCAAACUGUGUAGCCGUCUGGGUGUGUGCAUGUGUGUGAGCAUGCGUGGAUGUAUAGUAUGUUUGCACAUUAGCCCAGCCCUUUGCCACAUUUCAAAAAGGGAUGCCACCCAACAGCAACAGUAGGGAGACAUGCAGGAAAAAAAACACUUCUCCCAUGUUCUUGAGUGAGUAAAUAUGCACUGUGUACAUGUGAGUGGUUAAAAAAAAAAAAAAAAAAAAAAAAGCCUGCAGGGAUAAAUGAAAUGUCUUGUCUUCAGUCACUUGCUGUUACAACUGCAGUGGCAGAUCAGCUUUAAGUAGAAAGAGGAAACCAAAUCCAAGGACUUUAAUUUUGCUCUUUUUGCUAUUAUAUACCUUUACAAAUUUAGAUCUGAUGAUGAAAUUAGGAAUAUGUGAAUAAUUUUUCAAACACUGAUGCAUGCCAUUCAGGGUGAACUGAAUAAAGCCUACUUUGGAUUUA